GUGUUUGUGAUGUGCACCCAGUGGUUGGGAAUAUCAGAUGCUGGACAGAUGUAUCUCUAUAUAUAUUGCGAUGGAUCUCAACAAGAGCUGCUGCUAAGGAAGAAACAUGGAGACAGAAUGUUAGGCAAGUGGAAAAUGUUUUACUCUGGAUUAGUUGCUAAGCGUUGUAGAGCCAUAGCAGCUGAAAGAAGAAAAAGGGAUGGUAUUGGGAGAAGCAGCAUAUGGGCUCGCAAGUUAUGUGCGAUUUGGUGAUCGUGGACCUGGCAGAGGAGGAUAUCAGAGAUAUGUCACAGAUAUAUCAGAGACAUAUCACACAAGUGCCAGAGAUGUCAGAGAUGCCAGCCAGUUAUCGCAGAGGAAACAGAGAAACAUCGCUGGUAUAUCUGGACCAUUGGCAGUGAUUCAUCGAUACUCAGCAGUGCUCACUCACACUCACUGUUGGGCAAUAAUGCUUUUACUGGAGAAGAAAAAGGCGAGCAAGCUGAAAGAACAACCGAUUAGAGUUGAAAUGCUAAAUGCUAAAUUCUAAAUGCUAAUUUCUACAGAGACUCAAGUGGUAAGAAAAAAUCAUGAAAUUAUAGCCAGGUUACGUUAGGCUGGAAUAGUGAUAAUAGAUAAG